AUUUUCAAACUGUCAAACAAGAUGGCGGACGGAAUAUCAUACUAUUUAGGUUUUCGAGAAAUGAGAGAUUACAAAACUGUAUUGAAGCAACUGUUUUCAGAGUUCCUUGGUACAUUUUUAUACUUGGCCAUAGUUUUAUCAGCUGGGAUAGCUCGUGGCUCGAAUAAUGUAACUGUUGUCAUCGCUCUAUCAAACGGUUUCGUGGUAUCGAGUAUAAUAUAUGUGUUCGGGCAUGUGUCUGGGAGUCAUAUUAAUCCGGCUGUUACAGUGGGGGCUUUGGUGUGCGAACAUAUUAAGCCUUUGAAAGCCGUGUUCUACGUUACUAUGCAUGCCGCUGGCAGCGUCGCAGGUGCUGCAGUUGCCUACGUGAUCUCCGCCGACUCAAUCCGAGGGGAACUCGGAGCUACCACUCCCUACGACAAUUCCAGUGUUCACCAAAUUUUUCUACUUGAAUUUCUUAUGACCUUCCUUUUAGUCGCCGUGGUUUUAAGCGUAAUAGACCCUCACCGAGGAGCAAAAGGACUUGGAUCCACUCCUCUGGCUAUAGGAGUAUGUGUUGCUGGUUGUCUUUGCUCCGGUAUUCCUUAUACUGGGUCCUUGAACCCAGUCAGGACGUUAGGACCAGCAGUUAUGAUGGGGAUCUGGAAGUUCCACUGGGUGUACUGGGCUGCCACCAUGCUAGGUGGCUUCGUAGCAGGAUUAGUGUAUAGAUUUAUUCUGAAGGUUAAGUAUCGCGGGUAUAAUUUGGAUGAGCAAUAAAUUAGCUUAAUAAGUUAGAAGUGGUUUUUAUUUGAAGUAUAAUAGUAAGUGAAACUUAAAUUAAUUGCUAGUGCUGAAGAUAAUGCAUAAGCACACUUUGGAAAUAUGUAGAAUUAAAUUUUUAUCUGCAUUCCAUUUCAGUUUAUCCUAAAAAGGUAGUGAAAAAGGACGCACAAAUACGUUGAAAACAAUUCGUUAUACAGACACAGCCCAUAUUUCAAUGAGUAAACUAUUUGAACAGUUCACCGUGUUCCCUAAGUAACGUGUUACGUUAACAAGUGAUAUAAAUCCUCAUUUGGUACGUUUGUUCAGCACAUUAUUUUUACACGAACACUUUAUCUUGCUUUGUUUAUCUCACAGUUUAGUGCGCGUCAGACAAGCAGUACUGAGGAACCCGUACAAGCAAAGAAAAAAAAAUGUAAUAAAAAUUUGUUUUUGGUCAUUCGUCAUAAUAAUGAUCGUUUUUAUGAUACCUAUCGUGAGAGUGAUUCAUUAUUAA